AUGGCGCAGGCAAACGUAAAAUUAGAAACGUUCGGAAGUACCGAUCCUCAACCGACGUGGUUAAACCAAUUGCAAGUGACCACUUCGAUGGGUAAACAGUACGAGCAAAAAGGCGAAAUGGAAAAGGCCGCGAAAUGUUACGAAACCGUGUUGUAUUACGAUCCCAAGAACGUCGGUACGCGCAUCCGACUCAGUAAAUGUUAUCGGAAACUGUUACAGUUGGAAAAUGCGUUAAAACACCAACGUUACGCGAUGCAAAUCGAUCCAAAGGCAUUUCGAACUAUCGAAAACCAAGCCGAGUUGGACUUUGAACUGAACGAAUACGAGACCAGUCUAAUCACGUACAAUAAUUAUUCGAAAAAAUAUAAAACGUCAUACGACUGUAAUCAGGGACUGCUGAAAGUGAGUAAACCAAGGGUGGCAAAAUCGAAUGUCUUAUUUUGAAAUAUAAUACACUCAUAUGUGGUUUCGUUUCGAAAGUAUUAAAAUAUUUAAAGAAACGUCACAAAAACAUGUAUAUAAUUUAAAAAGAAUCACGGACAUUUCAAAUAGCUUUAUAGAAAUAACUCAAAAACAUCCAAAAUUAUACCGCGUCUAGAAAAUAAUAAUAUACAUAUUAAAUAAAUAGUCUGUGCGCGUUUCUACGGAAUGUAUUUACUGAAUAAUAGAACAAUAAAAACUAAGUUAAUUUUGAUAAAUACCAGCGUUACGAAAAUAUUCCCGCAAUUUCACCUCAUCGUUAUUAAGGAAAACACGAAUUAAAUCAAAUAAUGCACAACUCCUCAAUUUACCAAAAUUUACAAGAUUCAUUAGGUUUUACUCUAGAUAUUAUUAUAAGUUCGCUGUAAUAAAUAGACUUAAUGUCGUUUUAUAGGUCAAUCAAGCCAUAGAGCACACAUUGUCCGUUAGCGGAAUAAUGGACUGUUUGGGCGGUACGAUUUUAAAAAUGUUGGAUGACCCACACAUUCUAAAUGAACCAAAUCAAUGUAAAACUUGCGACAGGUCGAUCGUAUGGAAUAAAUUGCACAGAGCUAGCCAUAAAAGAAUGCAGGAAGCGUAUUAUUUACGAAACAUAACGGGAAACUUGGAAUUUUACAGAAAACUUUCGAAAGAGUUACCGAAAUCGAAUGUAAAUGAUAAAUUAAUUGUUCGACAUAUAAGAGAAAUCAUUCAAACAUUUGAAACGGCCAAGGUAAAACAAAAUGUGUACUAAAUAUACAAUAAAUAAUAUUAUUUUAAAACUUGACUUUUAGCUAAAGAGAGGAUUUUAAAUUUAGAAAUAUUUGUACCAUGUUGAAUAACUUAUACUUGGGCUAAAACAAAUAAAUUUUUAAUUUAAUAUAUUAUAUUUUUAUAAGUAGUUUAUAAUUCAAUCUGCCCUGAAAAUAAUGUAUCUGAUUAAAUGUAAUGUAUAAUGUUACACUGCCAUCCCUUCUUUUUAGAUUUUGAACUAAAAGAUAAAGAAAUAAAAAAGAAAAAAGAAAGGUAAGAUUAUGGGGACGGGUGCAGCCACCGAUAUAGGUGGAAAGUUGGAAAGAUAAAAUAUAGACAGGAAUUUAAUGUAUAUCUAUAAUCAACGAUGAACCAUUGCUAACAAAAAUCGAUUCUAAUAUAUAAGAUAUAGGCUUUAUAUCUUUAAGAAAACUUGUUUGAUGUUGUACCAAUUUUACCAGUUUCCUACGAUUUUCUCGAUUUUCCCAUGUUUUAUCCCGGAUUUUCACAUUUUCCGAGAAAACACUCGGGAAAAUCGGAUUUUAAUAAUAUAAAAUUAAAGUACCUCCUCACGCAAAUUCCCUUUCAGAAAAGGUGCUACACGUAGAAAUCCGAGCAAGUCUUCUAGUAGAAAAGUUGCGCACAGAUAAAAAAAAAAAAUAAACAUUUUUGUAAAACUAUAAGCUUCUUAGCUCCACUCAGAAUCUAAAACUUUAUGGUCAUUUAAAUAAUAUAGAUAAUGAAAAAAAUGGUCAAAAAAGAAGUACUUGUCCCCCUCAUCUCCUUUAAAUCAUAUCGAUAAGAUAGCUAUUGAAAUAAACAAAAUAUAGGUACUGUGUUUAAUUUCUAUGACGUAUACUUGCCAACAAUUGCGUGUUUUCAUUACGAAAAUAUUUUAUGACGAUAUAUUAUUGUUUAUAUGUUUUAUUUAUUGCGCAGAAUGAUUUGUACCGGCAGAAACCAUUUUACUUCGUCUCGUGUCAACGGCCCGCCGCAGUCAACCGUCGGCUCGACGACCGUAAAAAAGUUAAAGACAAUAUGAUCAAAUUACAAACGGCCAAAUACGUCGAAACGAUAGUUAAACACUGUCUGGCCGGCGAAUUGGAAUCGGCUCGACAACAGGCUGAACUGGCUCUGAAAUACAUGGAUCACCAUUGGUACAGACCGUUAAACGUGGUGAACGCUUUAUACGAAGUGUUCGGCUUGGCGAUUUACCUGAUUAACCGGGACGUGCCGGAAUGGUCGGACGAGUUGAACAAGAAUAGAAUAAUGUUCUUAUUUGGUUCAAGCAAUGCUGCAGAUAGGAACGGCGCUUACGAAAAAGUCUACCGAGAGUCAUAUUUCGGACCCCAGGAAAAUUCUAAUAGGAGGUAUAUUUAAAAAAAUUAAUGUUAUGACUGUUUAAUUAAUGUUAUAUAUCUGUUAUUACUGACGGGUGUACUAAUUUCUUAAGUGGAAAGUUGGGAAGAAAGUAUACAUAGAGUUAUUUAAUUUAUAUCUGUAUAGGUAAAAAUAAAUCAAUGUUGACGAAAUUAGCGAAUUUCAGUUACACAUAUUCCGGAAUAUUGUAAUUUUUAUGAUUUUUGAAAAAAUUUGAACUUAAGACUUGUAAAAAAAACUACUUUAUAAUGUUUAACCAUUUUGUUUUUCACUACAAAGUACAACUUAUGUUAAAACUUGUGUACAAUAUUCAGGCAUUUCAAAACAAUUCCAUUCAUAUAAAAUCAUAUAAAAACUAAAAUAACUCGAAAAUGUUAACCACCUAAAAAGUAUAAAUAGUUCAAAAAAACCAGAAUUAUUUAAAAAUUUUCCUUCGUCUGACAAAGACUAAUUUAAGUUAGUGUUAUGUGAACAUUUUAGAUCUCUAUGAUUAAAAUGACCAAAUUGCACCAAAAAACCAAAUCGAAAAUAACGAAAUUACAGAGCAUUCCUACGUUUUUUAUAAUUAUUAAAAAACUACAAGGGAAAUAAUAAAAUGACCUCUAACUAGGUACAAUAUUUGUUUUUAAAAAAGAUGCUACACAUGAAAAUCAAAGCUAUAUUUUUGGUAGAAAAUUUGACCAAACGAAACACACGUUAUAACAAAAUCAAUACCUUCCUGAUUCCUAUUUGGGCUAUCUGCAUUCAGAAUUAAAAACAAUCGGUACGAAUCAUAAAGUAAUAAUAUAAAGAGUAUGAAAAAAUGAACUAAUGCAUACUUGCUGGGUUACGAAAGUGAAGAAAAAAUAACUAAAUACAGUGUGACCACUAAGAAGAAAAAUAUGCCCUACUGCAUAUAUUGUUACUCUGUCUUUCUGAUAACACAGAUAUAUUAUAAUUCAAUAUAAUAACUGUUAACAUAAUAUUCGUUAUCAUAGUAAUAAUUGCAUCACUAAUGCAAAGUGAUUUAUAGAAACUCGGUAUAUAUUGCACGGUCAUGUUUUUUACUUUAACUAGGAACUCGUAGUGAAGUUAGUAAUUUUGCUAGCUUCACAAUAAGGUUUUUUUUAGACAACCCCUGGUAUGAAUACUAUUUAGUAAUAGUUAUUAUCAUUGUACGUUUUAGGAGCACCCUGAAGAAACUCAACAAACAAUUAAAGGAAACCGAAUUCGGCACCUACAGUCUGUACCUUCAAUACGAGCGGAUCAAAUGUCAUUUAAAACUCGGUGAAAUCAAAGAGAUGAGACGGCUUUCGAAACAAAUGUUUUCGGACGCUUUUACUUUGGGCAGUAUCGCGUGGCAAGUGAACGCCCUGAUGACGAUUGUAAUAGCCGAAUCCAGAUUGAGUAAUACGGUGAAGUGUAUGGAAACUUUAGAAAUCAUUAUAUCGCUGAGCAAAACUCUGGGAAACGAAGAUGUCACCGCGUUUUUUAGAAAAGUAACAAUCAAUUAUAACCUAUACGUUUAUACAAUGGCGAUAAAACGGUUUAGUAUUAAACCUUUUUUUAAAUUUGUUAAUAUAGUUUAGCUAAAUAUCUAUUACACCACCGUUUAUGUAUUAUAUUCAAAGUCCAUAGAUAUGAAAACGAUUCAAUGAACAUUCAGUAAACCGAUUUAAUAUAUAACUUUGUUAUCUCGAUCAAAUUUAAUCAAAUAUACUUUACGAUUUAAUUUUAAAGUGAUGAAAUAUGUAAAAAAAAAAAAACCAGAUGCAACUUUUUAAAAUUACGUGUAAUGAUAUUUGGCUACGCAACGCAAAAACAAAAACUGAUAAAGCGAAAAGGUUUCAAAAACUCAUUUAGGUAUACAUAGUCAUUUUAAAAACCGUUUUAAACGCUGAAAACGGUUUUUAAUUUAUUAAACUACCUAUUGAAAACGUUUUAGUUUUAAAAUCUGUUUUAUAUGAAAAAUAAAUGUUAAUAUCAAAACGAAUUAAUUUCAAACAAUUUUAACCCCAUUAUAUAAACGUACAAAAUAAAUAAAUUUCUGUGUAUAGUAAUUAUUGUAAAUUAUUAUAAGAGUUUAACGACAUUUUAUUAUAAUAUAGUAGAUAUGAUUUUAGAUAUUAUUUAAAAUAAUAUCAAUAAGGCAAUGUACAAGAUCAUCAACACAACGUGGGACACGUUGUUUUUUAGAAUAUUUAAGAAACAAGUGACUCUAAAAUGUUACAUAACUGGUUUUCUUUUUACAUUUUUUUUUUUUCGCAAACAAUGUUUGAACAAUUUAAACUUAAUAAUGGAAAAUCUCGUCAAUGGGUUUACAAAAAUUGAAAAUAUCAACACAAAAAUUAGACUAAACUAAACUCAAUCUAUUUAUGGAAUUUUGAAUACAGAUUGUUGUUUGAAAACCAAAAGUAGUUAAUGGCAUAGUUAUCCCCAAAUUUGAGGUAAAAUAAAAUGACGGUAAUGUAAAGUUUAAGAGAUGCUUAUUGUUUCUUUGAUUUUCUAUAAAACAAAUGAUGAAAAAAGUUAAUACUUUCCAAGAUAAUGAAUGUCUUAUGUUAGGUUAAUCAACCCGUAUGUAUAUGCCACUUGUACCAGAAAUUUUGGAUAUUUUAACCCUAAUGGCUUAUAUUUUAUAAGUGUCCUUUAGUACACGUUUUAAAAAGCAGGUUUUUAUAGAAUAAAAACUCAAAAACCGAUAUUGGAUACUUAAUGUUUUAUAGUUGUAUUUCGUUAGAAAAAGCGCCCCUCGAGAAUAAGGGUAUAAUUUUUGUAGUCGGAAUAUAAUAUAGUGCGAUACUAUAUAGAGCACAAACACGCAAUUGACAGGGGUUUAAAUUAAACAUAAUAUAUUAGUAUCAUAUAACUCUAAGUAUAUGUAAUUUGUGGAUAACGAACAUUUUCGUUUGUGUUAUAAUUGGAUUCAUGUCCACGUGUAAUAAAUAAAUAUCAAAACACCAACAACAACAAAAAAUAAUAGAUAUAAGUUUUUUCACUGGUCAUUAAUCUGCAGAUUUACGAUAGAAAAAUAUUAAAAAAUAAACUGCUAUAUAGGUAUUUUUUCAGUUUUGAACUCUAUUUCUGCAAUUGUUCAAAUACUUCUCGAAAACUAUAAUUCGAAUUCAGCAACGUGCGCAGAGACGGAGAUCAAAGGUUAUACUUUCUCAGCCCCCCCAUCCCAUUGACUUACAAUACAAUAAAUAUCAGUAUUUAUUUCUAGUAAUUUUGUUUUGAAAUUAUAAUUUCAGCUAUGUUCUAAGAAAACAACAACUUUAUUUAUUGAAUAGAAAUGUUCUCUUCUUGGAUUUGGUUAUCAAAUUCUCGCCAUCGGGUUAUGUAUAACAAAAGAAGAUUCUACGAUUUAUUCAUAAAUCAUGAUUAUUGUUGACUACAUCCCAUCCCAUUAAAAAUUUUCAAGCACGCUACUUAUUUUGAUACACAAAUAAAUUAGCUGAACAAUAUUGUUCUUUGCGUGAGAGGAAAUGCUGUGUUCGUGUUUUGAAAAACAUAAGAUAAUAUUAUAUUAACGCAGGAUAGAGAUAUGCAUUGUAUAACAAAAUCUAAAAAUUGUAAAAUAAUAUAUACAUUGCGUAAACGGAAACACAUCCUUAAAAGCAGAAUUUGAAUGAAAAAAAUCGGAUUUUUAUUAUUUAGCGUCAUAAAAAACGAGAUUCCCGUGUCCGUAUAAAUGAGUUUUAGACGAAUGUUCAAAAUAGAUAGUAUUAUUGAAAAAAAAAAAAAAAUAAAACCAAUUUAAUACUAAACUCACGGAAUUUAUCGUAUUAUUCGGUUUCACUUUCCGAAAUUAACACACCAAUCAAAACUAAUAUUAUCGUUUUCCACCUCGAUACAACUGUACUGUUGUACACACUGUUAUACAUGUAUAUGAUCUAAGUAUACACUGGUGUAAACUGCCUACUAUCGCCCGCCAUUACCAACGUCGUGGAUAACGCAAAUUCCAUAAUAAUAAUAUUAUGGAAUUAUAUAACUGCAGUGCAAUAUUAUCUAAGCGAAUGUCACAAAAUGACACCGUCGAUGAUUUUGGCAAUUUUGGUGUAUAUUGUAUUUUAUAAAUAUUCCGUAUGCGAUCUGUACUAAAUUUUGAUAACUCGUGGAAUGUGAUAUCACUGACCACGUGAAUUGUACACGAGUGUAGUCAUAUACGGAAAACGCUAUAAUUAUAUUAUUACAAAACCGGUAAACACUCGGGGGGUUAGGUUUCAUUCGGUUAAGAAAGUAUACGAUCGAUCUUCCUGCGAUAUACUUUUAGGUUAUGAACACUAUUACCACUAUAACUGUACAAUUUAUAGCAUUGUUUGGUGUGUACAUAUAACAUCCCACGUCGCACACGUCGAUCAUUAUUAUUUUUGUACCUACCUACCCGAUUUUCCAUAGACUGUAACAAUAUUAUCGCCCCAUACAGAGUACCUAUACACUAUUUUCGGUGCCAGUACUCGUACUUGUAAACGAUACGAUUAUUAAUGGAACGAGCAGCGAGUUAUUUCGAAAACUACUUCACGGAAAUUCAAUGCAAUAAUACGCGCAAAUGAUUGUUUUGUACACACGUUGAUGUAUUUGCGAAAAUAGAGUAAAAUAAUGUACAUAAUAUUAUAUAAUUAUGAUAUGAUGUUUUACGAUAAAUUUCGCGUAUACUCGGGUAUUUCACGUUUUGAAAAUUUAAUUUACCUACGUUUUUCGUUCGGUUUUAAACCCAUGCACAAUUUUCAUGCACAAAACAGCGUUUUCCCGGUUUUCCGCAAAACAUUUGGAGAUUAUAAAUUACGUGAAUAUUGUUUAUUACAAAUCUAUAAAACGACGAAUUGCGGUUAGUAUACGGAUUUUGGAGCGCUUAAUUUCGUUUUGGAAAAAGUAUUGGAAAUAAAAUAUAACAAAUAAUGUACAAAACCCAAAAAUCUAAAUAAAAUUGUGUGCCCACAUGUUAUUUUAUAUUUUUUUAAGUUGUACACACGGAUAACGUAUUACAUUAUUAUUUUAUAGCUGAUAAAGGUGAUUUUGGACGAGUAAGAAAAAAACAAUUGCCUCCAAAAUAUCAGUGAAUUUUGUAUAACCCGUAUUAUAACAUUAUAACUAAUAUUUGAAUAUAAUAUCGUAAAAUAUAGUAAAUGGUUAUCAUUGGUCAGAUACCUAAUAAAGUCAAGCCUUUUUUGACGAUCGACACGAUGGUAAUAAUGUCGUAUAAUUCCUGUUUAAUAUUAUACAUUUUUAACAAAUAAUUACUACAUUUUAGAUAUUUUUUCGAAAAAAAAAAAACAUUUGAAUACUGUGUUAUUUUUCUAUAGAUAUUUAAAUAUUAUAUACAGUUUAAAUCCACGUUACAAAAUCGACUUAACAGAUUUUUUUUUUGUUCUAUAUACCUAUAUAGACUUGGAAAUUGUUCGCCGAUAACAAAAUACGGGGGCGUAUGAUGUCGCCCGAAGAAAAGCGAAUAUCGGACAUAAUCGAUAUCAUGCCGGACACCGAGAGCGCUCUGCUCACGCGGAAUUUGUUGUUCCGGAUUAACAGAUUAUCCGUAGAAUGUCGAAUGCCUUUUCUUCUGGGUGAGACCCCGGAAAUCGACUGUGCGACGAUCGCCCGGCACAACGUCCGGUGCGAACCAUUGACGAUAUCUAAAAAUUUAGCGAAACGACUGGAGAAUUGA